AGAGGGUGGAAAUGUCGGUGCACGCGCGCGCAUACUUAUCUACGCCGCGUACGGAGAUUGUGCCGGCGUGUGCGAGUGUUAGCGGUGAGAGCGUGUGCGUGCGUAUGUUUUUGUCGACCGCACAGCGCCACUGUUGACUGUUUUUAUUAUUGUUGUUAUUAUUAUUAUUAUUAUUAUUAUUAUUACUAUUAUUAUUAUUAUUAUUUUUUGUUUUUUCCCUCCGGUUCGUCGUUCCCUCUUUCUCGCCUACGGUCGCCCGUAUCCGUGUGUCUCACUCUCUCCCGUCCCCGCCGAACGCGGUCGUCUCCGUCGUCCGUCAACUCCGCGUUUGUCGUACGGCCCCGUACGCGUCCCGUGUUGUGUGUGCGCGACGUACGUACCGUGUAUAACAUUGUAUUUGUUUUGUUUUCGUACCUACUCGUCCGCGCUGAUUACCGGUAACGUAAAAACAACAUCGGUAUCAAUCGCCUACGAAAAUAAAGUGUCUUUUCCCGAAUAAUCGUACUGCGCGCGACGACAGCGGCAGUUGCAGACACGGCCGUUUCGAUUGCUUGUAUACCUUCCCAUUAUUGUUCCUCCCGGACGCUACGAGCCACGACGGGCGUACGUACACCCACUAACUUGCGGCGGUCGCCCGGCACAGUUGUAUCGUAUUGUGGGCGCGUGUCGGCCGCUAUUGCUCGCGUUGCCCGGACGUGAGGAAAUUUCACCCCGUGCGCCGACUGCGGAGACGUUUUUCGGCUUCCCGUUCGCCGACAAAUUAUUGUCACCGAUCGAGCGGCGUCGUUUGUCGCCAUGGACUCGUUGCGCGAACAAGUGAUGAUCAACCAGUUCGUGUUGGCCGCCGGUUGCGCCCGAGACCAAGCCAAACAGUUGCUGCAGGCCGCACACUGGCAGUUCGAAGUAAUUUAACAAUAAUAACAAUGCUCCGAACGCCAAACCGUUCCUCUCCCGUCGCGCGUCCUCUGUUCGCGUUAAUACUCAAUAAUAACGUCGUCGUACUUAUCUCGGGCCUCUGCCCGUCUACGCUAUUGUAACAGUAAUCUGUUUACGGUAAUUCGGUUCAUUUGGUUAUUCGCCGUUGUUAUUGCGGUUGUCUCUGUGACCUUGAACUUCAAACAAAAGCCCAUUGACCAUCUCCCCGAAACAUCUCUCUCCAGCUAGGUAUCUGAGUGUUCAAUCUUCUCAUCAAGACCGAUUGACGGCCAUCAUUUCCUCCAAUGGUCAGUCCACAUAAAUGUUUUCGGCGUGACGUCCGAAUAGUUCGUUAACACGACCAUUAACUCGGUUUCAUGGCAAUUAUAUACACUGACGCUCAAUUUAGAUUUUACAUUGCGGACAUAAAUCAAUAUGGUUUUAUCACCAAACCACCUAGUCAUAUUCAGUAAUAUUCAUAACAUGUUUUCACAUCAAAUUUAUCAUUAUGACUAUACGUCAAUGAUGCGUUACUGUGUAAAGGUCCAUUUCUGCACACGCUAAAUGUCAAAGUUUAGUUAGGUAUCUACCUUGCAUUACUGCACCCGGCACAGCUGCUUUAACUAACCAGGCCGUGUCUCCUAACAGGGGCCCCUAAUUAAUAGUCUAAAUACAAAUAAUUGGCAAUAAACAUUGUAAUUUAAAUAACAUAAUAUUACCUAAUCAUGAUUAAUCAAUUAUUAUCGUACAUAACAUAAACUAUUCUAUCAUCCUAUCGACAAAACAUAGUUAAUACCUAAUACCUAGGUAUGUCAAAUUCAUAUUAUUACUCUUGCACAAUUGUUUAACUUAUCGAACAAUAUAUUUAUUUCAGACUGCACUCAGCAUAUUUUUUCAAGAUUCUUCCGUUUCAAGUUGCGCUCAAAAUUCACAAUUUGGAUUUGGACAGGUCUGUUAAUUUCAACUAGAUAAUGAAAAACAACUGACUAUUAUAAUCAUAUAAAUAUUUGAUUUGUCUAGAUGACUCCGUGUAAUACUCCAGCCACACCGCCCAAUUUUCCAGACACUCUGGUUGCUUUUUCACGCAUGACAACUUCAUCUGAGAGUUCAAAAGUGGGAUCAAGUAAGUAUAUUUAAUAUUAUAUUUAUACAUAAUGCAUAUUAUCUAAGUAAAAAUAUUUGUUUCAAUGUUUAAAACAUAAUUUUAUAAUACUAGGUAUGCCUAUAAGUGCAUUGGAUAUGGAUGCACAUUAGUUAACUCACUUGACAUAAUUUAUACCAAAUUUUAAUUGCAAUUAAAAUUUUAGUAACAAUUAAUUUUGCAUUUAUGAAUAUCAAUAAUACAUUCUACAUAAUGUUAUUGUUUCAAAAUUAAAUAAAAUAUAUAACAAUUAUUAUUGUAUGCUUUAUUCAUCUAUGUUAGUCACCAAGGAUGAUUGUUAAUGGUUGGACAAUUUAUUUAAUUACUUUGAUAAUACUAUAGGCUAUAAAAAAAAAAUUUACUUUAAAUUCUCUGGAUAAACAUUGGUCAUUUCAUUGUUGCAUAAUACACUGAUUUAAUUAUAAAUACAAUUGUUACAAACUGAUUAUUAUAAAUGUAAAACCACAUCCAUGAACAAAAUGAUUAUACUAAUAUAUUCUGUAUGAAUAUUAAUUGUAAUCUAAAAUAUUAAAUACUUAUUAGUAUUUAUGAUUUCAUACGUUUUUCAUUAUUGCUUUGAAAAAAAGAAGGUUCUAUUCAUAUUACAAACAUGAUUAUAAAUAUUAACCAUUUAAAAAUAAAUAUGAAAUUUGUUACUCAAUAAAUAAUUACUAAUUUUAUAUUAUUAUAUAGUUGAUUUUCUCUGUUUAUAAUAAUAAUUAUAGUGACAUAAUUAUAAUAUUUAAAUACGCCAAUUAAUUGUAUUAAUUGAUUGGCUUGGUCAUAUCAAGUAAAAAGUGACUUCAUUUAAACAAUUUAUUUGAAAUAUUUAUUAGUUAAAAAAAUAAUACAACUUACAAUAAUAUAAGGCAAUUUAGUAAUUGAGUUUUGUAAAAAUGCUUUUAGACUAUGUUAGAAAUUUAAUUUUGUGACCCCCUUCAAUAUCGGUAACCUAAUUUUUACAUACAUCAUAUUUAAUAUUUUUCAACAAUAUUUUAAUUGAAGUUAUAUAUAGAUUAUUAAUAUCACAGUAAUAAUAAUAAUAAAUAAUAUAUUAUUAGUGAACUAACAAUCAACAAAGCCCAGUAUGAAGUAUUUAUUUUCUUCCUUUGAUAAUUGAAAUACUUAAAAAUUAUAAAUACUAUGUACAAAUGAUCAAUAUAACAUAAUUCAAUUUUAUGUUCUAGGUAUGUCUGUUUCCCCUCAAAAUAGAACUUCAUUAGAAAACAGUCAAACCAAAAGGCAUCCAUACACGCAUUUAGCAGCGCCUAACAAAGUUUCAAACAAUAUAUAAUUAAAAAUGAUGUAAAUUUGUUAUUUUUAUUAUUUACUUAGCCAUAUUAUUGUUUUAGUACCCAAAGAUAAUAAUUUGCUUUUUGUAAUUCUUGACAAGUAUAUAUUAGAAUAAUUCUUUAGAGAUAUUUUAUCAUUUUGAUUGUUAUUAGAUAUUAUUAUUAUUUUUUUUUGUUUUGUUUCGUUUCUGUUAGGUUUUUUCAUUAAAAUAAGUAACUCUUGAAAAACUCAUUUACUCAAUUUAUUAUUAAGUUUAUUAUAUUAUAAUCAUAAUUCAUAUUCUAUUAAAACUUGAACUUUGUUGCUUCAAUAUGCUUAAUACAUGUUAGUUGUUAACUAAGAAGAAAGAUCAAACUUAACAUUAUUUUUGUCAUUACUAUUUUAUUAUUAUUACACAUAUUUUGUUUUUUACAUAAUGUAUAAAAUAGUUAAUAUUUUAUUUUUGUUUGUAAAACUCAAAAUUUUAUUCUUUAUUUAUUAUAAAAAAAAAUAAUUUGCGAUAAAAGUUUCAUCACUCAUAUGAUAUAACCAUUAUGGGAUGAUGAUGAUUUAUAAAUAAUAGUUGAAAAAAUAAUUCUUUAAUAAAAUAUGUACAUUAUUUUGUUGGAAAAUGUGUGUAUUAAAUUUAUUAUGGUAGGUGAUAAUGAAAUAUUGGGACAUUAUGGGAGCACAUUCUACACAUUUCUAAUUAGAAGGUGCAAUUUAGGGCCGAAAACCACCAGAGGGACUGAGAAACUUGUUCAUAUCUCAAUUGGAAAAAGACUUAGAGAUAAAUAUUUAUGCCGAAUUAAAAAGGCUUGUCGAAGAUGUUAAAAAUGGAGGAUGAAGUUAAAUGUAAACCAACCUAUUAUAUUAAAAACAAAAAAUAACUGAUGCCUGUAAUGAACUUCAUUAGCUGUAUAAUAUUUAGUGCGUGUGAAAAGUUUUACUUCAACAAAAUGUUAAAAUGAAAUAAUGAUUGAUAUAAAAAAAA